CAAAUGGAUAUGCAUCGCAGCAAACACUUGGCGCCGACGGGUCAACUUCGCAAACAACGCAGCAUUACGGCGCAGCUGGGUCGCUGUUGGUUGGAAUUAUCCAGAGGCGGUUAUCUCCGGUCUCGACCAAGUAGUCCGAUGUGCUGACAGCGAAGAUGCCAACCAUGGAACUGAGCUCAUUGGGCGCUUAUGAAACAGCUUUUCGACUUGCUAAAACCGAAGUGUGGGGGUCAGCGAUGGUCAGCGGUGGCAGCCUGUCGGGCGGGUUUCGCGCGACUCGCCGCCUCCACCCAAACAAGGCAGGCUCAGGGCCAUCGAAUCCAACGUCAAUCGGAAUUGGCAUUGCGCAAAUGUAGUGUCGCGCCAUCUUUCUAAACAGCAUUUUUCCCCUCAUCGAAACCGAUGUUGAUGAGGCUAGGCCCCACAGCGAAGUUGCGGCCCGCCAUCAAUGGAUGCGCCAACCGAAUCUGGCGGCAGCGGCAAAGACAAGGGCGACUGCGGCCCCGCACCCAGCUCAAGUCGCACCGCAUCACCGCCUGUGGACGACGAUAGCUAUCUGCCCCAAGCCCAGGGAGCACAUGAGUACCGCGACAGGAGGGAUCAGACACCCACUCCUCGUCGUUCGCCAUUUCUCCCUGACGAGGCGGGAGCAACUGAGUCUCAGCAUGAGCCCAGCUCGGACAUAGUGAGGGAGCGGUCAGAGCAGUCAGCGCAGUCUCCCCAGCACAUACCUUACGACCUGAAUCCGUGGCAGAAGGACGCUGAGACCAGUUCUCAGAGAACCCUCAAAGCGGCAAGCGAGCCUGGGGAUGCUGCUAGCCCUGCCUACGGGUCUCCUGGCCCUUCCGCCUCAGCGGCAGAGGAGGCGGAUGAGUCUCGGGCCGCGGCCGAUGAAGUCGAUGCGGUUGCAGACGCGGACGCCGGGGCUGAGACCGAGGCCGGGCCGUCUGCCCAAGACGAUCCGGAUGUGCAGGAUAGUGAUGAUGAUAGCCAUCAGACUACUCUGAGUAGUGGAUCCAGUACUAUCCCAAACACCCUUGUUGUUGAUCCAGACACAGACCCGGACAGCGACGGUGACUCGGCUUUAGGCGCGACUCCACUCAUUUCCACAACGUCACUCGCGUCGACUCUCCUUCGUUCCGUUGAAGAGUAUGGCAGAACCUACCACAAGUAUAAACAAGGGAGUAAGUAUCGCUAUGCGAACUCGAUUUAGUCUACUAAUUAACUUUGAAAGGGUACCUUAUGCCUAACGAUGAGGUAAGUUAACUGCAACCCGGCCCCUUAAACCCAGCUGACGUCGCAUAUCAUGCAGCAAGAACAGCAAAGACUU